AUGCAUGACAAAAUGACUGACAGGAAUCUAAUCGACCGGUUCAUACACUACGAUGUAGUGAUACCGCGUUCGUGGUUGAUAUUUUUCAGGGGUGAAAUCCAUGACUUAAUGAAUGAAUUACGUCUACAAUUAGUUGAGAUAACUUUUGAUGGGAUAGGUAUGACCGACAUGCAGAUUCUUAUGAUUAAUAAUGAACGGGCUAGGCUGUACUUGCGUCAUGAUAUUGAAGUCUGGUGGUUCCGAUUGUUCGUCGUGGACAGUAUCACGGAUCCACGUUAUUAUACUCUUGACAAUUAUGGUGUCAAUUUAUUUCUCAACAUGAGUGAUUGUGAUCAAGAGUAUAAUUUUAACAUUCAAGCAAUACCACCGGCACCUUCACCACCAUCAUUACCAACACCUCCAGCAUUGUUAAGCCAAGUAGCGACCGUUAGCACAUAUUAUUGA